AUGUUGCAUAAUGUUUUUCGUCUUGGUCUUAUUCGAAUUUUUUAUCCAUGUUUAAUGAUAUUUGGUACAAUUGGAAAUAUAUUAUGUUUAAAAAUUCUUCUUCGUAAACGUUUUCGUCGUCAAUCAACAUGUCAAUAUUUAUGUAUACUUGCUGUUAUUGAUAUUAUUUUUAUUUAUAUGAGAUCAACACGUUUUUUAUAUCGACAUAUAUACAAUUUUGAUUUACGUAAUACAUCAUUAUGGAUAUGUCGAACAUUUAUAUAUUUUUCAUCAACACUAUCACAUUUAGCAUCAUGGAUACUUGUUAUUGUUAGUUUUGAUCGAUAUUUUAUUAUUAAAAAUUUUCUUCGAUGUCGUCAUGUAGGUUGGCGUGUAAUUAACUCAACAUGUGUACUUAUUUUAAUUGUAUCUAUUGUAAAUAUUCAUUAUUUUCAAAUCCUAGGAACUGAAAUUCCAAUAAAAAUUCCGAUUAUUCAAAUGACUGAUAAUAUUUCAAAUGAAACUUAUGUUCAAACUUACCGUUUUGUAUGUAUUGCACGCUCACCAUUCAAAGAAUUUUUUCGUUUAUAUGUUCCUAUAUUUGAUUUACUUUUUGUUGCUAUCAUACCAUUUUGUCUUAUGACAUUUACGAAUAUUGGUAUAAUUCGUACAACUAUGCGAUCAAAUAUGUUAUAUAUAUCAAUAAGAAAACAAAAAAGAAAUAACCGUUUAACUAUUAUGUUAUUAUCUGUUAUAUUAGCUUUUAUGCUGUUAACAUGUCCAUCAGUUAUUUAUAUAUGCUUAAAUCGUUUAACAUCAUCAAGAGCAAUUUCUGAUACGCAAUUAGUUAUUCUUGACUUACUUGAAUCAUUAUGGUAUACAAAACAUGCACUAAAUUUUAUAUUAUAUACAUUAAGUGGACAAGAUUUUCGAAAAGAAUUUAUUAAAUUACUUCCAUGUUAUCGACGACAACCAUCAAAUUCAUUAAGUAAUCAACAAAAAAGUCGUAGUAAUGAUUUAACUAAAGGUAUAAGUAUGUUUUCGAAUAAAUCUCCUUCAGCAAGUAGACGAUUAUUUGAACAUCGGAAUGAACGGAAAACAAUGAAAUAA